UCCAUGGUGGUCUAGCUUCAAUUUACCCAUGAUAUCAAUCAAAAAAUAAGUAGUUAUUAGUAGUUUAUGACUUUACCCUUUUUCUCAUUGGAGUCAUCAAUUCACAAUUACCACAUGAAGAUUCAAUGAACUAUUCUUACAGUAGGAUAAAUAAAUAAAUAUAUUUAACAAUAAUCAUGAAACAAAAUGUUGACUCAUUUCUUAUAUUAUGAACGUUUAAAAUGUUGGCGGGAUUUGUCAAGUUAAGUUUGUCAUCAUUUGAAGAACUAUCAAACACAUAAGAAUAUCAAUUUAUUUCAUUUUGGUUUAACAGAGUUUAGAAAUAAGCACGUACGAUUCUAAACAAAAAUGAACUCAAGACCUUCAUUACUUGCAGUAAGGAAGUUAACCAGUAAAGCUAAACAAAUUGUGUUCUUAUUGCUGACUAACUUCAAUAUGAGUAAUAAACGAUAUUAUGGGAAGUUUGAAAUGUUAGCCACCGGAUUCCGAAUAAGUGGUUUAAAAAUUGAUCAAACAUCAUUGGAUCCAGAUGAGUGGGAUUUAUUGGGUAUUUGGUUUCAAGGUCAGAUGUUCACAUCGAUUGAAGAACUUUUAAGUAAAUAUCAUUCUGGUGAACUUAAAGUGAUCAAGCAUCAGUUUGUAGAUAUGUAUCAUAACCAAUUAAAGCCGGGUCCCAGUCAGCAAUCUACAACACAUAACAAUCGAUUCAUGAAAAGUAAUUCUCAAACAACUAAUCGUAAAGACAACUUAAUUCACGUUAAGAAACGUCGAAUACAAUAUGACAGAUGGGAUUUUCAUGUAACUGUUAGAAGAGAUACAGGACUUAGAGUGUUUAAUGUAUACUUUGCAAAUGUUAGUUUGAUAUCUGAAGCUGGUUUAGAGGAAACAGUAACGUCAUACUGGGGUAAAUCCCCAUUUAUGCAAGCAAUGACAUCGUUGGAAUCAAUGUUUGGAAUAGGCGGUAUGACUUCAGAACUAAGUCCAGGUUUGGACUGUCCAAAAGAUGCUAUCUACUUACCAGUGAGAUUGAUUGAUUCAGGUGAAACUGGUCCUAAAUUUAUAAAAAAUGGUAUUUGUUUAUUUGAAUGGAAAACUAAUCCUCAUAAUGGUCCAGUUAGACGACAUUUUGAAUUUCAUAUUAGUGAUCAUUUUGGUGAAAAAGGUGAAGCAAAAUAUACAAAUUUUGGUCUUGGUAUAACAAGUUAUUCAUUAGUUGUACGUACAAUAUCAACAUUAUUCAAUUAUGAUUAUAUAUUCGAUAUAAUUUUCUAUUCAUCUGGUGUUAUUGAAUUUUCAGUAACACCAACUGGUUACAUACAUGUUGAUGUAGAAUUAAAUCCUUAUCAAUAUAAUUCAAAAUAUGGUUUUCCAGCUGUAAUCAAUCCAAUUUAUAUGGUUAUACAUCAUCAUUUAUUUCAUUAUAAAAUUGAUAUAGAUAUUGUGAAUAAGGAGAAUUUUAUUAAAGUAGUCAAAAUACAUGGACCAUUAACAGAGAAUCAAAUGAAUACCGAUAGUUUACAACAAACAAAUAAUCAGUUAAAUCAUUCUGAACUAUUAUGGUUAUCUAUAGAUAUUCCUAAAACUGAAAUGGAAGCAAGAUUUUCAACAAAAUUUGAAUUUCCUAAACAAUAUUUAAUCUGUUCAACAAAUUCAAAUAUCAAUGAUUUAAAUAAAACAAGUCAAUAUUAUAAAAAUGAUAAAUGUUUAUCAAUUAUCAAUAAGGGUCAAGUUAAAACAAUUUUCAGUGAUAAAUAUACAAAAUCAUUUGCUUGGUCCAGACAUCAACUUUAUGUUACUCAACAACAUGAUAAUGAAUCAUUUGCAUCAUCAAUAUUCAAUGGAGUUGAUUUAAGUUCACCAGUUGUUGAUUUUACAAAAUUCAGUUCAAAUAAUGAGUCAAUAUUCAAUGAAGAUCUUGUUUUGUGGUUAACUGUUGGUAAUUAUCAUUUGCCAAGACAUGAAGACCUACCAAAUACAGCUACUAGUGGUGGACCAUUAUCCAUAUUUAUAAUGCCACACAAUUUAUUCACUUAUAGUCCAGAUGCUUUCAGUUGUAAUCGAUUUUAUACUGAAUCGUUGAAUGAAUGGAUAACAGGACCACAAAUGAAAGAAGAAUGUCAAAUGGAACCAAUUCCAAUGUUAUAAUAAUUCAAACGAUUAGCGCAUUAUCUUAUCUCAAAUAAAUGUCAUUCUAAAAAAACAAACCAGUUUCACUGGCAACAUUUGUAAAUAUAUAUUACAUAACAAUUAAGUAACUAAAUUCAAUACUUAUCAGAUAUAUUCCCAUGGAUUAUUUAGUAUACAAUACAUAACAUUAGACCAU